UCUCAAAGAGAGUGGCGUCUUAAUCUUUGCUAUUGGCACCAAAAAUUCCAGCCGAGAGGUUGAGAAGAUUUCUUCCGAUCCUACCUAUGCCCAGUCUGUGUCAGACUUUUCGGAGCUGCCAAAUGUCCAGCAGCAAUUCCUGGCCUCUGUGAACACUGCUGUCUUGGAGGUAACACAGACAUCACCACCGGUUUUGGGUAAGACUGAUUUAACCAUAUUGCUCCUCAUCUCUUCAGAUAGGCUUUUCUGUGGUGUAUUUAUUCCUUUCUGCCCCCAAUGUAGAGAAAAAUGAACUAUUGUCAGGCCAGCGUGUUGCAUGUCCAGACAUAUCUUAAAACAACCCGAGAGUGAUUUGAGUGCUAGAGUUUCACCCAUACUCUGCAGGCUAAAGUUCUCAUAUGGGUGUGUGUCUGUGCAUUUCAAUACCCUUAGUUGACAGAAGAAUCCCCCGAAAAGACGUGGUGUUCAUGCUGGAUGGUUCCGAUGGAACAAGGAACGUGUUCCCAGCAGUGCUUGACUUUGUUCAGAGAGUGGUGGAGAAACUAAAUGUGGGUGAGGGCAAAGACCGUGUGUCUGUGGUCCAGUACAGCAGAGACCCAGUGGCCCACUUCUACCUAAACACCCACUCAAGGAAGGAAGAUGUUCUUGAGAAUGUUAGAAGUCUGAGACAUAAAGGAGGAAGGCCCCUCAACACUGGUGCAGCUCUCCAGUAUGUGAGGGAGAACGUGUUCACAGCCUCCUCCGGUUCUAGACGCUUAGAAGGUGUGCCACAAAUGCUGAUCCUGCUUAGCGGUGGAAAGUCUUUUGACAGCGUGGACGCUCCAGCCUCGGCUCUUAAACAGCUGGGAGUGCAGAUCCUUCCAAUUGGAAGCAGGAACUCUGACAGCAGAGAGCUGCAGAGGAUCUCACACGACCCUAGUUACGCAAUGUCAGUGUCCGACUUCAGUGACCUUCCAAGUGUUCAACAGCAACUUCUCUCUGUCGUGAGCCCAGUAGUAGUGGAGGCCACUCCCAAAACACCGACAGUCAUAGUCGAGGGCCGUGCUGCCAGGAGAGACGUCAUACUCCUCCUUGAUGGUUCAGACGGAAAUAGGAAUGGAUUCCCCGCCAUGCGUGACUUUGUUCAGAGAGUGGUGGAGAAACUCCAUGUGGAUGAAGGCAGAGACCGCGUUUCUGUGGUCCAGUACAGCCAAGAGCCCGAGGCUAGUUUCUAUCUGAACACCUACACCACAAAGGAAGAGGUUCUGGAACAUGUCCGCGGUCUGAGGCACAAAGGAGGGAGACCCCUCAACACCGGGUCAGCCCUCCAGUAUGUGAGAGACAGUGUCCUCAGUGAUUCCUCUGGCAGUAGACGCCUGCAGGGUGUCCCACAGAUACUGAUUUUACUGAACGGUGGAAGGUCUUCUGACAGUGUGGACACGCCAGCCUCUGCUCUUAGGGAGCUGGGAGUGAAAAUCUUUACCAUUGGCAACAGAUACUCUGACAGCAGAGAAUUGCAGAGGAUUUCAAAAGAGCCUAGCAAUGCAGUGUCAGUGUCUGACUUCAGUGACCUCCCCAGUGUUCAGGAGCAGCUCUUGGAUUCCGUAGAAACCGUUGUCGUCUCUGUGACACCAACAACCCCAACUGUCUUAGUUGACCAAACCGCACCCAGAAAGGAUAUUGUAUUCCUGCUGGAUGGCUCUGAUUACACUAGGAAUGCCUUCCCAGCUAUGAAGGACUUUGUUCAGAGGGUAGUGGAGAAGCUAAAUGUGAUGGAGAACAGAGAUCGUGUGUCUGUGGUCCAAUACAGCAGAGACCCAGAGGCCCAUUUCUAUCUGAACACAUACACAGGAAAGGAAGAAACUCUUGACGCUGUGAGAGCUCUGAGGCACAAAGGAGGCAGGCCCCUCAACACCGGGGCGGCUCUCCAGUACGUGAGAGACAGCGCCUUCUCUCCUUCCUCUGGCAGCAGACGGCAAGAGGGUGUUCCUCAAAUUCUAAUCCUGCUGAGCGGAGCGAGGUCUAGCGAUAACGUAGACACCCCAGCCACCUCUCUCAAAGAGAGUGGCGUCUUAAUCUUUGCUAUUGGCACCAAAAAUUCCAGCCGAGAGGUUGAGAAGAUUUCUUCCGAUCCUACCUAUGCCCAGUCUGUGUCAGACUUUUCGGAGCUGCCAAAUGUCCAGCAGCAAUUCCUGGCCUCUGUGAACACUGCUGUCUUGGAGGUAACACAGACAUCACCACCGGUUUUGGUUGACAGAAGAAUCCCCCGAAAAGACGUGGUGUUCAUGCUGGAUGGUUCCGAUGGAACAAGGAACGUGUUCCCAGCAGUGCUUGACUUUGUUCAGAGAGUGGUGGAGAAACUAAAUGUGGGUGAGGGCAAAGACCGUGUGUCUGUGGUCCAGUACAGCAGAGACCCAGUGGCCCACUUCUACCUAAACACCCACUCAAGGAAGGAAGAUGUUCUUGAGAAUGUUAGAAGUCUGAGACAUAAAGGAGGAAGGCCCCUCAACACUGGUGCAGCUCUCCAGUAUGUGAGGGAGAACGUGUUCACAGCCUCCUCCGGUUCUAGACGCUUAGAAGGUGUGCCACAAAUGCUGAUCCUGCUUAGCGGUGGAAAGUCUUUUGACAGCGUGGACGCUCCAGCCUCGGCUCUUAAACAGCUGGGAGUGCAGAUCCUUCCAAUUGGAAGCAGGAACUCUGACAGCAGAGAGCUGCAGAGGAUCUCACACGACCCUAGUUACGCAAUGUCAGUGUCCGACUUCAGUGACCUUCCAAGUGUUCAACAGCAACUUCUCUCUGUCGUGAGCCCAGUAGUAGUGGAGGCCACUCCCAAAACACCGACAGUCAUAGCUGAAGCCCAGGGUCCUAAGAAGGACGUUAUCUUCCUCAUCGAUGGCUCAGAUGGAGUUGGCCGCGAGUUUCCCAUCAUUGUAGAAUUUGUGCGGACAGUCGUGGAAAAACUCAACGUUGGUGAAAACAAGAUCCGCGUGGGAGUGGUGCAGUAUGGGGACAAUCCCAGCGCUGACAUCUACCUCAAUGCCCACGCAAACAAGGAAGGAGUGUUGAAUGCGAUCAGGGGGCUGAGACAGCGUGGUGGCAGACAACGCAACCUGGGAAGAGCAAUCGAUUUCGUCAGUCGCGAUGUUUUGGCCAAACGAUCUGGAGGCCGUCGGGAGGAAGGUGUUCCACAGUUUGUGAUUGUUGUGUCGGGAGGAAGGUCGUCAGAUGAUGUGCAGACCUCAGCAACAGCCAUCAAAAGAUCCGGGGUCCUCACCUUUAGCAUUGGAACCAGAGAUGUUGAUCCGGGAGAGCUUCAGGUCAUUUCCUACAUUCCAACUUAUGCUCACCCUGUGGAUGACUUCCCUGGGCUCUACACUGUCCAAGAAAAUCUGGUAACCACUCUAACUGAACUGUCAGAUGAAGAAAUAGCACGGAUGCGUCCUGUUUUCCCCGACUUCCAAGGUCCUGUGAUACCAACAACUCCAGGAGAUAAGAGAGAUGUUGUUUUCCUUGUUGAUGGAACAAAUACUGUCCCUAACAUUCGUGACAUGAUUUUGAGGAUCGUGGAAAAGUUGGAUGUAGGAAUGGACAAUGUACGUGUGUCUGUUGUGCAAUACAGUGAAGACGUCAGGCAGGAAUUCCUUCUCAAUGAACAUUCUUCCAAAGGAGAAGUUAAGGAAGCUGUGCGGCGAAUGCGAAACAAGGGUGGGAACCAACUCAAUACAGGAUUUGCUCUUGACUGGGUUUCAAAGAACAUCUAUCAAAGAUCAGCCGGCAGUCGUAUUGAAGAGGGUGUUCCCCAGUUCCUGGUUUUAGUUACAGGCAGCAAGUCCGCAGAUGAUGUGUCUGGUCCUGCUUACCAGCUGAAGCGCAACAUGGUGGCACCAGUGGCUGUCGGAGGCAAGAAUGCGGACGCCGAUGAGUUGAAACUCAUUGCUUUGAAGCCAGAGCUCACAUACUCGGUGCGUGACUUCAGACAGUUGCAGACAGUGGAGCAGCAGCUCGUCUCCUCAGUGAAGACCAUGACGUCUAAGGACAUCACAGAUGUGACAUCUACCUUGGUAUCACCCUCCGUUACAACCACAGAGCCGAUUGAUCUUGGAAGAAAGGAUAUCAUUUUCCUAGUUGAUGGCUCCGACAGUUCUGGCGGAGGUGGACUUGCCCAUAUACGUGACUUCAUUUUGAAAGUCAUUCAGCAGCUGGAUCUCCAUCCUGAUCGAGUGCGGAUUGCAUUAGUUCAGUAUGCAGAGAAGACCAAAACCGAAUUCUCCCUCAACACCCACCCUAACAAGGAGUCUAUCGUCUCAGCUGUCAGGAAGCUUCGUCAAAUUGGCGGUCGAGCAGGCGACUUGGCUUCAGCUAUCGACUAUGUCAUGAGGAAUGAACUGCAUGCUGGUGCAGGGGUUCGGCCUGCUGUGGCCUCUCAGCACCUCGUAGUACUGACCGGAGGAAGGUCCGUCUCAGAUGUAUCCAGCAAAGGCGCCAUCCUGAAGGGCGCAAGGGUGAACUGCAUUGGUGUUGGUGCUGGUGCAGCUGAUACAAGACAACUCACCCAGAUUGCCACUACCCCUCAGGAUGUCCUUAAAGUUACGGCCUUCCCCAACCUUGCCAAUAUUGAGCAGCAGCUCAUUGCUAGGCUGCAAGGGGGCGUUAUCGUAGAACCACCGACAGUUGAAGAGCCUACUACAUCAGGAAUCAUGCCCAGGGCAGCUGAUAUCGUGUUUUUAGUGGAUGGAUCCAUCAACCUGGGCAAGGACAACUUCAGAGAGGUCAUGGAAUUCCUUGUGAACCUUAUUGAUGCCUUCUACAAUGAUCAAGACAGCUUGCAGAUUGGUCUGGCCCACUAUGCUGCUGACGUGACGGAUGUCUUCUUUCUGAAUACCUAUCAAAACAAGGAUGACAUAAUUAACGCAAUUAACCAGGCAGAGUACAAGGGUGGCAACCGCAUUAACACAGGAGCUGCCAUCCGACAUGUGCAGCAGAACCAUUUUGUGAAGGAAAAAGGCAGUCGGAAGGAUAUUGGCGUCCCACAGAUUUUGAUGCUGGUGACUGGAGGCAGAUCAGCAGAUGAUGGCAAGUCCGCAGCCCUUGGAAUAAAGGCCACUGGAGUUCGUGUCUAUGCCAUUGGUGUGGGUGACAUUCAGGGUGAGCUUGCCAACUUAGCGAGUGAGUCUGCCACUGUAGCAAGGGCCAGCAUCUACCAGGAGCUCUCCGAACUGAACGAGCAGAUCCUGGUGACCUUGGAUGAUGAUUUGAAAGGCAUUAAACUGUGCACUGGGGUGCAUGAAUCCACAAAAAGUUGCAGCCUUGAUGUCUUGCUGGGAUUCGACGUGUCCUCGCAGAACAUAUUUACGGACCAGAGAAGCCUGGAGACAAAGAUGACUGCCAUCCUUCAGCGAAUCAUGAAACUUCAAGCCAUCAGCUGCACGUCCGGGCAGGCUCCAACCAUACGAGUGGGCAUGCUGGCCUUGGACUCAGCCUCCGAGCCUAUGCAUCUGGAAUUCACAGACAACUACUCAGAGCUUCUGGAUGCCUUCAAGAACCUACGCAGCCGUGGACCAUUUGUCCUCAACGGGAAGACCAUUGAUACCUACACUGCUAGAUUCAAAGCUCAGCCUAGUGAAUCUGUGAAGGUUGUGAUUCACCUGACAGAUGGUCUGGAUGGACAGUAUGGACAGAUGAAGGAACGAGUUGAGAAAAUGAGGCUUUCUGGUGUAAACGGUUUCAUCUUGGUGGGCCUGGAGAGGGUGCCACAGUUUGAAGAGGCAGUGCUUUUGGAAUAUGGCCGUGGGUUCAGGUACACCCGCCCAUUGCGUGUUAACCUGAUGGAUCUGGACUAUGAGAUCCUGGAGGAGUUGGACAACAUUGCUGAAAGAGAGUGCUGCUCAGUGCCCUGUAAGUGCACUGGUCAAAGGGGAGACCGAGGUGCCGUUGGACAACCAGGACUGAAGGGUGAACCAGGAGCUCAGGGAUACAGAGGACACCCAGGAGAUGAAGGUGGUCCGGGUGAGAGGGGUCCCCCAGGUGUCAAUGGAACCCAGGGUUUCCAAGGCUGUCCUGGACCAAGAGGUGUCAAGGGAUCUCGAGGGUACUCAGGAGAGAAGGGAGAGCUGGGAGACAUUGGCUUGGAUGGAAUCAACGGGGAAGAGGGCACAAGUGGAGUGGCUGGGCCACCAGGAGAACGUGGUAACCCAGGGAGACGGGGAGCUAAAGGUGCUAAGGGACAGGCCGGAGACAGUGGACAAACUGGCAUCCCAGGAGAUCCUGGAGUUACAGGGAAGGACAAUACUCAGCGAGGACCAAAGGGAGAUCUAGGCGAUGCUGGCCCUGCCGGAGAAGCAGGAGAGGACGGCAAAGAGGGAACUCAAGGAGAACCAGGAAGGAGGGGUGCAGAUGGAAGAAGAGGAGCACCUGGACAACCCGGUGCUGCUGGACAACCUGGUGCUGAUGGGCUUGCAGGAGGGCCUGGGAUCGCAGGAUCAAGAGGACCUAUUGGACCAAAUGGAUCUCCAGGACCAAUGGGCGAGUCUGGAAACCCUGGACCAAGGGGACCUGGAGGAGCUCCUGGCUCAGCUGGAGAGAAAGGCCGAAGAGGAUUCGUGGGCCGCAAGGGUGAGCCAGGAGACCCUGGACCAAAGGGGGUCAUUGGACCCCUGGGCCCACGAGGAGAGCCUGGUGAGGAUGGUCGUGAUGGCUUAGGAUUUCCUGGACCUGACGGAAGAAAAGGUGAUGAAGGCUUCCCUGGAUUCCCUGGACCAAAGGGAGCUGCUGGUGAGCCUGGGUCUAAGGGAGGACCAGGACCCAGAGGAAACCGUGGCCAGCGCGGUGUUUCAGGUGACCCUGGUGGACCUGGACAGAAGGGAGACAUUGGCUACCCGGGACCUUAUGGUCAGAAAGGACCUCGAGGACAGAGUGUGGUGCAAUGCGAACUUGUCAAAAAGAUUCGGGACAACUGUCCUUGUUGCUAUGGUGCCCAAGAGUGCCCUCUCUACCCCACUGAGCUGGCCUUCGCGCUGGACUCAUCCCAGGGUGUGCAGAGGCCGGUCUUCAACAGCAUGCGCGACACCGUCAGCCGUCUGCUGAACAACAUCACUAUCGCCCAGGGCAACUGUCCCCGCGGCGCCCGCGUGGCCCUGACCCUCUACAACAACGAGGUGACCACCGAGGUGCGCUUCGCCGACGCCAUGAAGAAGAAGGCCCUGCUGGAGGCCGUGGAGGGUCUGCAGCUGCAGACCUCGCGCAAGGAGCGCAGCCUGGAGACCGCCAUGAACUUCCUGGCCCAGAACACCUUCAAACGCGUGCGCAGUGGCUUCCUGGUGCGCAAGGUGGCUGUCUUCUUUGUGGGUGGCGGGGUCAAGAUCUCGGCAGCCUUCAGUGCCGCUGCGCUCCGACUGUACGACGCCGGCAUCGCCUCAGUCUUCCUCCUGAGCACUGACAACCGGCAGCUCGCUAGAGCUUUGCAGGUCAAUAACACAGCCUUGGCUCAGGUGAUAGUCCUGCCCUCUCCUGGCUCUGCCGAAUACGACUCGGUCAUCAGCAAGAUCAUGAGCUGCCACGUCUGCUAUGAUUUCUGCGCUCCAGCUGGUGUGUGCGACUACACCCCACCCCGUAGCGCCAGAGACAAGAGGUCCUUCAAGUCUGACCUGGACAUUGACAUGGCCUUCGUGCUGGACAGCUCCGAGAGCACAUGGCCGUCUGUCUUCGACGAGUCCAAGCACUACGUGGCCCACAUGGUGGAGCAGCUGGAGAUCUCCCACGAGCCGGCUACCUCCGUCCACCACGCGCGCGUGGCCCUGGUUCAACACAGCCCCUACGAGUUCGUCCGCAAUGGCACCGGCCCCGCCGUCCGCGUCUCCUUCGGCCUCACCGAGCACACCUCGGCCGCCGCCAUCCGCCGCUUCCUGCUGGACAAAACGCCGCAGCUGGAGGGCGGGCGCGACCUGGCGGGUGCGCUGGAGUCCACCACAGAGCUGGUGUUCGAGGCCGUGCCGCACGCACGCCACCUCCGCGUCAUGGUGCUCAUGGUGACUGGGCCCGUGGAGAUGCACGAGGAGCGGCUGGUACGCGCCGCCACCGAGGCCAAAUGCAAGGGCUACUUCCUGGUGGUGUUGGGCAUCGGCGACCGGCUGAGCGCUGGGGACGCUCGCGUCCUGAGCCGCGUGGCCAGCGAGCCCUCUGACGUGUUCUUCAAGCGCGUGGACAAAGACGCCGGCUUCUACGACGACUACAUUCAGAACUUCGGCCGCUUGCUGCCCAAAUAUCUAAGCCUUGACAAUGCCUUCUACAUGUCACCUGAAGUCGCCAAAAACUGCAAGUGGUCACAGAACGAUCAGCCCCACAAAACGGUAGAGAAAGUGAACAACAUGCACGAGAAGCAUCCUGUUCAGCAUCACGAACAGCAGGCAGACCAUGCGAAACACCCCAAAGACCUCCAUCUCGGCGAGCUGCACGUGGCCGACGUCACCUCCCACAGCCUGAGUCUCCGCUGGGCUGCCUCCGGCCAGCCUGGCCACGCCCACUACGAGGUCAACGUAGUGCGGAUGCACAACCACGCGCCCGUGCUGCGCAAGAACAUCACCCUGGCCCACAUCGCCCUCCAGCACCUGGAGCCCACGCAGUCCUACCAUGUGGCCGUCACCGCUCGCUCCGCCAAGGGAGAGGUCUUAGCAAUACACAAGGGCAUCUUCACCACCAAAGGCGUAGAGCCAAAGAUUACUGCAGGGGUCGUUGUUUCAACAGCCCCUUUAAGUAAGCCAGAAAUUGAGCCUGAGAAAGACACAGUCUCAUCAAACUCGAAGACAGGCCCUGUUCCUGUGGACAUCUGCAAGCUGCCCAAAGAGGAGGGCACCUGUGUGAAGUUUGUGCUGAAGUGGUACUAUGACUCCCUCAGCAAAAGCUGUAGCCGCUUCUGGUAUGGAGGCUGCGCUGGUAACGCCAACCGCUUCGAGACCAAAGAGGAGUGUGAGAGGACGUGUGGGAAAGCAGCACCAGCUAGUCCAAGAGUAGCAGUCACAGCAGUAAGAACUUAGGGGACCACUCAGCUCUUAACCUCAACCGACAGCAGGUGGAGAAAGACAUGACACCAAGACGCUGUGCCAACGUGAAGGUGCCUGCACUGGAUUCUGCCAAAGGAUAAAAUCCAAAGAAAUCUUGAAGUAUUUUUUUUUCCUGAGUUUUAUUAUGGUGUUUUAGUUGUUAUUGUUUUUCAAUGCCAUCUUGUAAUGUUCCAGGACAAGAACAACAAAGCUUUUUUUUAUUUUUAAAUGAUUGUUUCAUUUGUACGGUCGUUCAUUUUGAAGAAUAAAAAAAAAGAUAUUCACCUUAUAUGAAUGUCUUGGUCUAAGAGUAACAGGAAAUUUUGCACAGUUCUUAAGAUGUCACAGCUCUGUAUUCACUCUGCAACCCAUCUUGCAUCACAUCGGUGUCUGUUGUGAGUGAGAUGUCAAACACAAAUGAUCCCCUUAAGGACAGUGUUGUCAUAGCCAGCAAAAUAGUCACUUUCAUCACCACAGUUGUAUCUGUUAUCUGUUGUUGUUUUUGUAUAUCAAAGCUAUAGUAUCACCUCUUGUUGACAAACAGAGUUGUUUUUGUAUAACCAAAAAAAAAAAGCACCUCUCGAGCCAGUGGCUCGAACAUAAAAGUCAGGUCUCAAAUUAUGAAAUGUAUGAACUGCCCCUUCUGUUUUUGGUGCUAGUUUCCAUGUCACUGUGCAUUUUCUUGGGGAAAAAGGGAAUAAAGAAAUAAAUUAGACUUUAUACAAAACCAAAA